CCCGCGGCCUCCCCAGCUUGGCUACCGGCAGUGCGGGGAAGGCAGCGGCGGCAACCGCGGCUCGGGGAGCGCCCGGCAUGGACACCCGGUUGGACCAGGAGACAGCGCGGUGGCUGCGAUGGGACAAGAAUCCUUUAACUUUGGAGUCAGCAAAACAACUAAUUAAGGAUGGAAAUAAAGAAGAACUACAGAAAUGUUUUGGGGCCCGAAUGGAGUUUGGGACAGCCGGCCUUCGAGCAGCUAUGGGAACGGGAAUUGCUCGUAUGAAUGACUUGACCAUCAUCCAGACUACACAGGGGUUUUGCAGAUACCUAGAAAAGCAGUUCAGCGACCUGAAGCAAAGAGGUGUUGUGAUCAGCUUUGAUGCUCGAGCUCACCCACCGAGUGGAGGCAACAGCAAAAGAUUUGCCCGACUUGCUGCAACCACAUUUAUCACUCAAGGAAUUCCUGUGUACCUCUUUUCUGGUAUAACCCCAACCCCCUUUGUGCCCUACACGGUGUUGCAUUUGAAACUUUGUGCUGGAAUCAUGAUAACUGCCUCCCACAACCCAAAGCAGGAUAACGGGUACAAGGUCUACUGGGACAACGGAGCUCAGAUUACCUCUCCUCAUGACAAGGCGAUUUCUCAAGCUAUUGAAGAAAAUCUGGAGCCGUGGCCUCAAGCUUGGGACGAUUCUUUAAUUAACGGCAGUCCACUGCUUCAUGAUCCGAGUGCUUCCAUCAACAAGAGCUACUUUGAAGACCUUAAAAAAUACUGUUUUCACAGGAGUGUGAACAGGGAGACGAAGGUCAAGUUCGUGCACACCUCUGUCCACGGCGUGGGUCAUGAGUUUGUGCAGUCGGCUUUCAAAGCUUUUGGCUUUGCUCCUCCUGAAGCUGUUCCCGAACAGAAAGAUCCCGAUCCUGAGUUCCCAACUGUGAAAUACCCGAAUCCUGAGGAGGGCAAAGGUGUCUUGACUUUAUCUUUUGCCUUGGCUGACAAAACCAAGGCCAAAAUUGUUUUAGCAAAUGAUCCGGAUGCUGAUAGACUUGCCGUGGCCGAAAAGCAAGACAGUGGUGAAUGGAGAGUGUUUUCCGGCAAUGAGCUGGGGGCCCUCUUAGGCUGGUGGCUUUUUACUUCUUGGAAAGAAAAGAACCCAGAUCACAGCGCCCUCAAAGACUUAUAUAUGUUGUCAAGCACCGUCUCCUCCAAAAUCUUACGAGCCAUUGCCUUAAAGGAGGGCUUUCAUUUUGAGGAAACACUAACUGGCUUCAAGUGGAUGGGAAACCGAGCCAAACAGCUCAUAGACCAGGGGAAAAAUGUCUUAUUUGCAUUCGAAGAAGCUAUCGGAUAUAUGUGCUGCCCGUUUGUUCUGGACAAAGAUGGAGUCAGUGCCGCGGUCAUCAUGGCAGAGUUGGCUAGCUUUCUAGCAACCAAGAAUCUGUCUUUGUCUCAGCAGCUCAAGGCCAUCUAUGUGGAAUAUGGCUACCAUAUUACCAAAGCUUCAUAUUUUAUCUGCCAUGAUCAAGGCACCAUUAAGAAAUUAUUUGAAAACCUCAGGAACUACGAUGGGAAGAAUAAUUAUCCAAAAACUUGUGGCAGAUUUGAAAUCUCUGGCAUUAGGGAUCUUACAACCGGCUAUGAUGAUAGCCAACCGGAUAAAAAAGCUGUUCUCCCUACUAGCAAAAGCAGCCAAAUGAUCACCUUCACCUUUGCUAAUGGGGGCGUGGCCACCAUGCGGACCAGUGGGACUGAGCCCAAGAUCAAGUACUAUUCAGAACUGUGUGCCCCGCCUGGAAAUAGUGAUCCUGAGCAGCUGAAGAAGGAACUAAAUGAACUAGUCAGUGCUAUUGAAGAACAUUUUUUCCAGCCACAAAAGUACAACCUGCAACCAAAAGCAGAGUGAAAUAUUUCAGCCUUGGGCAUAAUUAGAAUUCGCUCAGCAGUGUUUUGGAGAACCAAAUGACUUAAACAAUUGCUACAAGUAUUUAUAUAUUUUUAAUAGCCCUACAUUCCUCAUUGUUCUAUUUUUGACCUUUAAGAUGAAUCAAGAAAAGAUGGCCAGAUGUAGCUAACUGAAUUCCUAUUGAAUGGUGGAGACUAGAAUUUUCUGAAUUCAAAAAUGAAGAUUUUAAAAAUAGCCAACUUUUAAAAAUAUACUGUAAUUAAUAUGCCUUAAUUAGAAUAAAUAACCAGUGUAUCUACUCAGUAAUGCCAGAAAGCCUAUACAGUUUCUAAAUUCUGGGCUGUCCAUAUUAUAGAAUAACCACUUUUUAGGUAUAUAUAUUUUUACAUCUCUGUCAGUUGCUUAUAAGCUAAAAUAUAAAAAGUAAAUGUCGUGUUCAUGUGUAGGCUGCCUAAAGUGGAAGAAUUUACAAGAACCUAUAAGUUGGAGCAAAAGAUACUUCACAAAGAUGUAUUUUUUUGACCUAAAACUUUUUGGUUCUAAUACUACAUCAUUAUACAUUGUAUAUGUGCUAGGAAAAAACAGCCUAACCAUCUUUGUUCUGGGUAUUAACAUUCAUCUCUUCAAAACUUGAAUUAAAAAAUUGGUUUUUUGAAACUGCGAA